CCCAUCCAUCCCCUCACCGUCACCGCCACUUUUCCCACCAUCUACAUCGGGAUCUUGCCCGACCCACCAACCAACCCAGCGCCUCCACUAAUUUCCCCGAGCAAAUCAAGCAGCUCCUCCCGAUCCAUCCAGCCUCCUCCCCUCGAUCCACCCAUCCACCUCCGUCUCUGUCCUCGCGCUCCUGGCCGCGGCCGCCACCGCUCAGGCGCCCGGAGCAGCCCCCGUCGUCCUUCGCCUGCAGGCACCACUGCCAUGCCUCGUCGCCCGCCCGCAUGCUCAUGGACGCCCGAGGCGGUGCCUCUUUUUUCCCUCCUCUAUUCGAUCCCGAGUGGAUCGUGAGCUCCAGCGCCUCCCCGCCACCUUGCGCGUCCACGCCGCCGGCGACAACAGUAAUAGUGCUCAACCACUCUGCUAUCGACCCCGCUCGCCAGGAAAACCACGGCCACGGCUACCCGAGGCUCGUCGUGGGUCAUUCAGGACCUCACCGUGCCAGCUCCAUCUCUUCCUCGCAGGACCGGGGCCUGCUGCUCGCCGCUCGCCAGCCAUGGAACUCGGAUGCGUGCCCAGAACCGUCUCCAUGCGCAGGAUUGGCUCCAUCCCCAAGGCCGCCGGACCUCGUCUGCUCCGCUGCAUCGCCAGAUCCGGCCGCCAGGACACUUCAGCGCCGACGUUUCCUUCCUCCUGCUGCUGUUUCUAUUUCUUCAAAAACGAGAGCAUCAGUGGCUCGCUCGGUUCAGUCUGGCGUUGACCCCGUCGGCAGGCCCAACACCCCCCUUCUAGCCUGCCUCUUCCACAACCCGGGCCAAAGGCCUCAAGGGCCCGGUGUGAGCAGCUUCCCCACGCCCUGGGCCAGAUCUCAGUUUCAGCCUGCUUUAUUUUUUCCUAUCAGUGAAUUUGUUCUUUUCCCAGGAUUUACAGAUUUGCAGAAAAACCCCUAAGCUCCAUGCAUAUCAUAUCUCACUAACCAUGCAUCUUUUGUAAAAACUUUAUAUAUGAAAGAUGCUUAGAAAUUUGUGUAUAUUCAUAUUGUGCAACUUUCAUCUAUAUUUAAAAUGUUUAAAAUGUUGUUUGUUUAAAUUUUGCCUAUUGCCAUGCUAAAAUGAUUUAUUCCAUAACUAAAUAACCGUAGUUCCAAACCUAACAAACUUUAUAUGUAAAUGGGGUAGAAAAAUGCCUAGUUUAACAUGGUGUACUUGCUUUGCAUGUUUAACAACUCUAAAAUUGUGUUUAGGGCAGAUCAGUACCAAACCUAAAAUAUGCACAUGAGGAGU